AUGUCGACCCUUUCCACGAACGCCGUACUGCUCAAGUACCGCCAGCACAGCGGCUCCCCUAGUUUGGGCGGCGACAAGCCGCCAUUUCUGCCAGGCAACUCACGACGCGCUCCUGACGACGCCUCGGCUUCAAUAGAAAAUGAGGCACUUCACUCGGACGCCUUCUCCCCGCGGGAGGCGGCGGCGUCAUCCAUCAUAACGCCUUCUGAAGAUUCUCGCAUCAUGGGGGCACGAAGGAGAGACGUGAUGGAAGACAGCAACUUCCAGCGGUUUAUUGCAGUGGAUUGGGACCAAGUUAACUAUGAAGCAGAGCAGAAAUUGGUUAACAAACAGGCGCCUCGUCCGUCUCAGAGCACUGAGGAGCAGGGAAGUAUCGGGUUUUUAGAUGCGGUUCGAUGCCUGAAGGGCGACACAUUUACGUGGGAGCCGUACGUUGCACCGCAUAGAUUUGGUGAAAACAAGAAGAGUACUUGCUUAAGGUCCUUCAUUGAAGGAUGUAGAGACCUAUUUUGUAGUGGUAGCUCCGUCUCUUCGAGGGACGCUGGCGUUGCUUCCGAUCCAAAGUCAGUGUUGCAGUACGACACUGAGUUCACCUUAACCUUGCCCUCUGUGCCGUUGGACCAGAGUCAUCCCAUUCACCAAAGGUUACUUGUAACUAUUCAAAAUAAUUCUUUUCGCCGGAGGAAUGGGGUCGGCAAUGGUGGCAGUCGUACUGGGGCGAUAGACUGGGAAACGCUGGGGUUUCAAGGCGGUGAUCCCGCCACGGAUCUUCGCUCCACCGGCAUAUUUUGUCUAUUGCAGCUGAUAUACCUUCUUGAAUAUUAUAGCGAUUUCGCGAUGAAUCUUUGGGACACCUGCACAAAUGGUGGCGGCGGUGCGAGUGUAUAUGAGGAGCUCCCAUUUGUACUGGUCGGGUCCAAUUUUUCAGGCGUGCUGCUUGAUAUGUUGAAGGAUAGCGGGUUUUAUGCUGACACUGUACGUCGCGCACGGGCUCUGUCGCACUCCGCGACAAAGCCAGGCCGUCUCUCGAUGGGACGCAGUGACGAGGAAACACUGAGACGUGAAUUUCCACUUCUUUUCAUCUGCUGUGAGUACUAUAUUGGGUGUCUGUUUCUUUUCUGGGAGUGCUGGCAAGAUCUAAAGGUACAACGCGACGGGAAACAGCCCACCAUUGGAGAUUUUGGAGUUGUGAAAGCAAAACUAUGUGCGAAGCUAAAAAAAAUGGUCCCCAGUAUGUCUUUGACGCCGCCACAAAGGCCAGAAAUUCCGCCGAUGAGGACUUUUAAAUUGGCGACACAGCGAUGA